CCGGUGCCCGUUUUCCGGUCCCCGGCGUCCGUCUCCCGUUGGGGAUGGGUGGGCGGGCGGUGCGCCCGCGGCUGCUGUCGGAGCUGUCCCGCAAGGUGCGGGCCUACCGGGAGGCGCGGGCGCGGGCGCGGCUGGGCGAGCGGCUGGCGCUGGACUACGACAGCCUGCGGCGCCGGCGGUCCGGGAAGGCCCUGCCGGCCCGGGCCUGGGCCGACGUGCGCCGCGAGAGCCCCCUCCUCCGCCUCCUCGGGCGCCUGCCGCGCCUCGGCCUCGGGCGCCUCCUCACCCGCAAGUCCUGGCUGCAGGACGCCCACGGGCCCCCCUCCUACUGGACCGUCACCCGCGUGCGCCUCGACCACAGCCACACCGAUUUGGACUACGGGAAAGCCUGGGGGAUUCUGACCUUCCAAGGCCAGAGCGAGAGCGAGGCGAGAGAGGUGGAGCAGGCCAUGUACCACGACUGGCGGCUGGUGCCCAAGCACGAGGAGGAGGCCUUCCGGGCCUCGGGGGCCGGACCCCCGGAGCCGCCCCUCUACCCGCUGCCCCGCUACGUGCCCUACCCGCCCCUCCUGCGCGCCAUCAUCCUGGCCGACCGCCAGAAGCGGGGCCUCGCCGCCCACCCCGAGCCCCUGCUGGAUCUGGAGCACGCCCGCUUCGGCCCCCGGGACGCCCCCGGGAAGGGCCCCGAGGGCACCCCGGUCUGAGGGGACCCCGCUCCCCGGGGUGGGAUGGCGGCCCACCCCCCAACCUGACUUUGCGGGGGAAGGAGGGUGGGAACACCACCAGAAAUGGUUGUCGUCCCUAUCGUGGGGACUCGUCGCGGCAGAGGGCAGUGUGCUUUUAAUUCUGUUUCUAUAUAAAGCUUGGACGCUAGUAAGAGUGUGUACUGAACGCCCUCUGAAUGCGGAGGGCCGCACCCAGCGCUCGGGAGACCGCAGCCGCUGUCGGGAUGAUGGUAUUUAGCGAGUGCUCGGGAACGUCCAACCGAGGAAUGGAAACGGUAUCUGUUGCGGAGCCGCUUGGGCGCGGUGCGCUGGGAUCGGGGCUGUGGAAGCUCGGCGGUGGCGGCGGUGGAUC